AAAGAGACACUACGACUUUGUGGGCUCCGGUUCCUCUUCAUCGUCCGACUCCUCAAGUACCGAUGAAAAAUGCACAAUCUCAGGAUAUAUAAUGUUCUCGUGCCACCAGUGCCUCCACUUUAGCGCAUCCUUGACGGGCAUAAAGGCACUCCCGUCGACCAAUGUCCUGUUUCGCUUCAUGGGGACAAUCAGCACUUGUUCUAUCAGAUACCGGACAUGGACGUGGUGCGCCAUCUCAGGCUGCAUCUCGCUCAAGUGCUUCUGCAUUCCCAAUAGGAGCUUGUACGCCUCGUCAAGUUCCUGUCUUCGCCUUGGGCUUUGGGAGAGUCUUCUGGGGAUGGUUCGUCGACUUGGCCUACUGCAUGCGCUGUUCGGGCGGGAGGCGCCUCUGCCUUGGAGGGCUCGUCGGACUUGGCGGCCACCCGGCGACGUUCUGUAGGAAGAUCAGAAUUCAGGACGUGCGACGAGCUGAGAUUACUGACUUGCUGGGGGCGCAGGAGCUUUCUCCUUCUUUGCAUUUGCAGGCGUCUUCUUGGCUUGUGACGGCUCUUCGGUGGCGCCACCUCUCUUUCGCUUGUUCGCAUUGGAUUUGGCAGGUUGUUCCUUGGGUUUGCUCUUUGCAGUGGCAAGGCUUAUGGAUGCUCAGGAAAAAGUUCAACAGAGUUAGCCCGAAUUCCGUGUUCCUUGGUGUAAAAUAUGGGAUGUCAACAGUGCCAAGAUCAAUCAAGGACUAACUUUUGCGAGAGCCUGAAGCUCUUGUCUAGUCAAGGACUCGAGAUGAUCUUGGGUGAGUUUCUUAGGCAUAAUUUCGAUGCAGAAGUUUGUGGGGGUAAGUGAAGGGAAGUAUAAUGUGGUCUGGCAUUUGAGUCUUUGUUUUAAUUAUUUCAGCAAAGGCCCGACCGAUACGGUGGUUCAAGGUAAAAACAAAGGAACGGCUAUCACGAGGCGCGGCCAAAACGAUCG